AUGCGUUUUUCCACUUUGUUAACUUCCGCUUCCUUGAUUGGUGCAGCUAUUGCUGCCCCAGCUGGUCAUCAACACAACAAACGUGCUGUUGUUACCACUACCGUUGACAACAAGGUCACCCUAAGAGUUACUAUCGGUCCAAAUGGUGAAACCAUGAACGCUGUCGCUACUGAAAACGCUGUUGUUGCCAACGCCGCUGUCGCUGCCACCACUUCUGCCGCCGCCGCCGCCGCUGCCACCACUUCCCAAGUUGUUGCUGCCGCCACCUCCACCUCUUCUACUGUUGCUGCUGCUGCUUCAACAAGCACUUCCUCUAGUUCUUCCGACUCUGACUUCAGUGCCGGUGCUAAAGGUAUUACCUACUCUCCAUACAAUGCUGAUGGUACCUGUAAGUCUGCUGCUGAUGUCGCUUCUGAUUUAUCAGCUUUAUCCGAUUUCUCUGUCAUCAGAUUAUACGGUGUCGACUGUAACCAAGUUGAAAAUGUCUUAAAGGCCAAGGGUUCUAACCAGAAGUUAUUCUUAGGUAUUUACUACAUGGACCAAAUUGAGGCUGGUAUCUCCACCAUUGCUUCCGCUAUUUCUUCUUACGGUUCUUGGGACGAUGUCUACACCGUCUCUAUCGGUAACGAAUUAGUUAACAGUGGUAGUUACACCGUCGACCAAGUCGCUUCUUUUGUCGCUACUGGUAGAUCUGCUUUAACCGCUGCUGGUUACACCGGUCCAGUUGUUUCCGUUGACACCUUCAUUGCUGUCAUCAACAACCCAGGUUUAUGUUCAUUAUCUGACUACAUGGCCGUUAAUGCCCAUGCUUACUUCGACUACAACACUGCCGCCGCUGACGCUGGUUCUUGGGUUUUAUCUCAAAUUCAAAGAGUCUGGACUGCUUGUGACGGUGCCAAGGACGUAUUAAUCACUGAAACCGGUUGGCCAUCUCAAGGUGAGACUUACGGUCUAGCUGUCCCAUCUAAGGCAAACCAACAAACUGCAAUCUCCUCCAUCAAGUCCUCUUGUGGUGCUGACGCCAUUUUAUACAACGCCUACAACGACUACUGGAAGGCCGAUGGUGCUUACGGUGUUGAAAAAUACUGGGGUGUUUUCUCCAAUGAAUAG